AUGGUGAAUACAAGCAGACAGGAUUGGUCUAGAAAGAUGGAUGAUGCCUUGUGGGCAUACAGAACAUCCUUCAAGACACUCAUUGGUAUGUCACCGUACCAAUUGGUGUUUGGAAAGUCAUGUCAUUUACCAAUUGAAUUGGAGAACAAGGCGUUGUGGACACUCCGGAGACUAAAUUUAAAUUGGAAUGAUGCCACGGAGUUAAGAUUAGGACAGCUACAUGAGAUGGAUGAGUUUCAUCUCGGCAUGUAUGAAAGACCAGAACUAUACAAAGAAACGAUGAAGAAUUACCAUGAUCGGAGGAUUACAAAAUGA